UUUGUAUAGGUGUGUCCCUGGUCCAUUCCAUUCAGUCUCAAAUAAACCAUGGAUGCUCCUCCUCCUUUACACAUAGCAAUGUUUCCAUGGUUUGCUAUGGGACACUUAACUCCAUAUCUUCACCUCUCAAACAAGUUAGCAUUAAGAGGACACAAAAUAUCAUUCUUCAUACCUAAAAACACACUCAACAAGUUACAAUAUCUCAAUCUUUAUCCAAAUCUUAUUACCUUUUUCCCUAUCACAGUUCCUCAUGUUAAUGGUCUUCCUCUUGAUGCUGAAACAACUUCAGAUGUGCCCUUUUCUUUAGUCCCUCUUAUUGCUACAGCCAUGGAUCAAACAGAGAAGGAUAUUGAAAUUCUUCUCAAAGAAAUAAAGCCACAAAUAGUUUUCUUUGACUUCCAAUAUUGGCUUCCAAAGUUGACUAAAAACCUUGACAUCAAAAGUCUGCAAUACAUUAUAUUGACUCCAGUAUCAACAGCUUAUCUCGGAUGUUUACAAAAACUAAGUCUAGGGAAAGAUUUAACUGAUGUUGAUAUCAUGAAACCACCUUCAGGGUUCCCUGAUUCUUGCAUCAAGUUUUAUAAACACGAACUUCGAUUCCUAGCUUCAACAAGGAAAAUUGCAUUUGGAAGUGGUGUUUUCUUAUUUGAUCGUUUGCACAUUGGUACAACCUCUGCAGAUGCAGUUGGUUUCAAAGGUUGCAAUGAAGUUGAUGGACCAUAUGCUGAUUAUAUUGAAACUGUUUUUGGAAAACCUGUUCUGCUUUCAGGUCCUGUGUUACCUGAGCCAACAAAUACAACACUAGAGGAAAAAUGGAUUUCAUGGCUUAAGGGAUUUGAAAAUGGUUCUGUGGUUUUUUGUGCAUAUGGAAGUGAAGGUCCAUUAGAAAAAAAUCAGUUUCUAGAGUUGUUGCUUGGCCUUGAGUUAACAGGUUUUCCAUUUCUUGCAGCACUAAAGCCUCCUAUUGGAUUUGAGUCUAUUGAAGAAGCUUUACCAGAAGGGUUCAAUGAAAGGAUUAAAGGAAAAGGGAUUGUUUAUGGAAGUUGGAUUCAACAACAGUUGAUUCUGGAACACCCUUCCGUUGGAUGUUUCAUAACACAUUGUGGAGCUGCUUCAAUAACCGAGGGACUUGUUAAUACGUGUCAGCUGGUGUUGUUGCCACGUCUUGGUUCCGAUCAUAUCAUGAAUGCAAGAGUGAUGAGUUCAAAAUUUAAGGUUGGUGUGGAAGUUGAGAAAGGUGAUGAAGAUGGGUUGUUUACAAAAGAAAGUGUGUGCAAAGCUGCAAAAAUUGUAAUGGAUGACGAGAAUGAGAUUGGAAGAGAAGUGAGAGCAAAUCAUGCAAAAAUGAGAAACUUCCUCCUCAGCAACAAUUUAGAGUCAUCAUGUGUUGAUAGUUUCUGUCAGAAACUUUAUCAUUUGUUCUAGCAUUUUUAGUUACAAUGAUAAAUGAUUCUUGCUUGUUCAGUUUGUUAUAAAUAAGAAUGAUCUAUGAAUUCCAAUUCAUCACCACUCAUACAUGCCUUGUAUUUUUACGCACUAAAAAAUUAAAUGUAUUGUUAUGAUAGAACUAUUUUUCCCUGAUACUUGGUUUAAGCCUUUCCACUUUUUCUCCCAAAUGUUUUGAAUUCGUUGAUGGAAGUAAAUUUUCAUGUUGGUUUGA